AACUUUUUGGUAUCCUGGCAACUGCCUCACUCGCGAUUAUCAAAAAUUUUGAUAUCACACGUGAAUUUGUUUUCUACACAGUAUCUUUUCUUCUAGAAGUGAUGAUAUAAAGUAGAAUAAGUUCCUCCAGUGAAAUGGUACGCUAGAUGUUACCAGCGUCGGGUAAAGCAGUGAUCACUGGGAAAUGGACAAGUUAGACAGGACGGGACGGCCGAUAGAUCAACGUCGGUGAUAGAUGGUGGCUCGUGCGAAUGUUGCCUCAAAUCUGGGGAUUGAAUUUUAUUUCAAGUAACGUUCGUUUAAUCUUAUCGUGCGGUACAUGUGAGUAGGUUUAUCAGUGAAACUGUGGGCGGGAAAGUUUCGAAGAAUAUCCUGGAAACAAAGUGACAGGGAAUGGAUGUAGAAUUUCGGGGAAAAAUUUCCCGACAUAGCCGAUGGAAACACGACAAUUUUAAUUUGAAAAAUUGGUUAGAGACUCGGAAUCGACGUAGCAUACUUUCACUGAAGUUGAAGGAGGAUCUUAAGACUCUUAAAUUGUCACAGGCUGCCGUACAUUGUGGACUUUUGCAACUAUUUUCAUCUCCAAAAGUUCAUAUUAGAAGGUUAUCAAAUAUUGAGCUUUGUGUAAGCAGCGAUACGGAGAACUCUGAACGGAGUAGUGUAUGUUCAAAAAUUGGCAAAUCCAAAGAAAUGCCAAAUAGCAAUGACGAUGAGAUUCCCGAACUGAGCGCUGAAAAAGUUGGAUCCGAUACUUGCAACGGGAGAUUCAGUAAGGGGAAACACAUAAAAGUGAAUUUAAAUUCUUCACAAAAUCGCAAUGUCAAAAAGAUGGAAAUCCGUUCACACACCGUCGAUACUGAAUUGCGCAAAGCUGACUCCAGCGUGUCAGAAGACAUUGGUGCACCAAUUUCUGUGAUUAUAUCUACCGGAACAGAAAUAACGUGCACGUCGACUACUGAUACAAUGUUGGAGAAAAUCGCUACGUUCAAUUCUACGAAUAAUACACAAUUGGAAUCUAUUAAUAAUUCGGAUAUUGCAAAAAACGAGAAAAAACGAAAACUCACGGAUACAAAGACCAUUCUAAGGGUCGAGAAGAAAUUAAAAAAAGCAUCGAUAUCAAAAGAUACAAGUUGGCAACAAGUAUCUGAGGUCGCUAACCGACCAUGCGGAGACAUUCAUAAGCGGCACAUACGAGAUAAAGGGAAAAUUCGUGAUAAUUCGAGGAGUCAUUCAACGAAGAGAAAGAAUUAUCAUAUUGAUUCCGACCAUCUGUGCGGGAAGAAGCUGCAGGACGGGAAGAGAGAACGAAAAAAGGAUUUACAGGAUGUGCGCUCGAGAAAAGGAGAGAAGACAAAAGAGAAGCUUAAACAAAUUUUUGGGGAUGAUUACUCUACCGAUGAUGACCACAUCGAAAAGAAUUUAUCUAUAAGAAAGUGGCAAGAAGAAUUGAUGCGACGUAAUAAGCUUCUCGUUAGGAGAAAUGAUCCUAAUAAGGAAAGUUCUGUCAGUAAUGUCAAAGUCGAAGGAAGUUGUAGAAACCAAAAGGAUUUUACCGUUACGAAUACGUCGCAGGCUGAUAGAAUUUCGUUGAAAAUUGCAAAAACGACAAUUUCUAAAUCAUAUCAAACGGAAAAGGUUUCUUCUUGCGUCAAUGACACGUCUAUUAACAAUGAAAAUGAAUUGGUAAUUACAAAAAAUAGCGGUACUGAUUUGGAGAGUCGUGAGAAAUCAAAAGAUAAAUCCUUGCGAACUGAAUUACCGAAGAAAAUGAAAAGGCCUCGAACGCAUGAUUCAAAAAUUAAAGUGGUAAAUGCGGAUAAAAGAAAAGUAGAAUCCAAACUUUCACAUGAUCAUCAUCAUCAUCGUCAUCGUCAUCAUCAUCAGACGUACAAAGAAUGCAAUAAGAAUAGAUCACAGGAUGUAAGUUACAAGUCCUUGGAGAUUCGUCAAGUUAGCAUGGAUAAGUAUACUGAAAUGAUAAGAAAACAUCCAGUGGCUGAAACAACAGAUAUUAACGACAUGUCUAGAAUUUGUUCUGUUGAGGAUGAAACUAGUGAUAAAACACCACCCAGUGCAACGGAGUCGAUUGAGAGGUUGACAGAUUUGAAUGAAGUAGACGUUACAUCAAGUGAAAAGAGCAACGAUCAUCUGAACGAGUUAGCAGCACCGAUUUUACCUGACAGUAGUACGUCUCCAUUAUACCCAAGUCUUACGCAUAAUCUCGAGAGCCCACAUUCAAAUUUUAAAUACAUAGAAUCUCUUAAGUUGCCCACUUUCGACUCGAUAUCUACGUUAAGAGAACCUCAAGAUAAUAUUGCGAAAAAUAAUUCGGAAUUAUCUCAUGAUGUCAAUGUGCUUCUUGAAGUCGAUGAUAAUUACGUUUCUUCCGUAUUUGAGAGUCAAGAAUCAUCAACGACAGUCCCAAAUAAUGAAAAGGAAGUGAGUGAUAGUACAAAAACGAACGAAACUGCACCCGACUCAUCUGUGAUGAUAGAAUGUAGCGUAGAAAAUAUGUCCGAGUCUCAUUCGGACCCUAAAGGUAAUGCAGAAGACGUUAGAAAGGAAUCUGGAUUCCCGCAGGACAUAGGAAACUGUUCGGUUUUGUCGAAUUCUGAAAAAGAAGUUCUCUUUGAUAUACCAAAGUGUGAACCCGUUGAUACAGGGGUCACGGGAUUGUUAAAGGACGCGAAGGAAACUUUAGCAAAGGAUACAGUAAAUUUUACAGCUGCAGAAGUAAGUCCAAAUAAUGAUGAAAAUUUGGACAAGAGUUCUGGGACAGAGUCUAAUGCGAAUGACGUUUUAAAUGCAAACGUGAAUUCUAUUACGAAUCUCAGUGUAGAUCAUAGUAUUAAUUCUAAUUUAUGGACAACUAAAAGUCUAGAAGAGCACGUACCAAAGAUCAGAGUGAAGGACGCGCGAGAAUUAGGGGGUGUUAGAUGGUGUCCUACUCCUGUUUAUGAUCCUAAUCUCGUACCUAUAGAUUUGAGAAAAAGUACUAAUAUUCAGCCAGCAUCGGGCUUGCGUACAUUAGUGGUAAACACUCAAAACUCAACUAAUAGUACUCCAACAGUACCUACUAUACAAUUUACUUUUCACCCAGCAGCGAAUAUUAAUCCCAUGUCUGUUAGGCAGAGUUCCAUGUCUAAUCAAGUACAGUCUAAUCAACAACAACAGGUUUCUCCAACUUAUGUUUUUUUACAAGUUGAGGACGUUCAACAAUUCAUUCCUUACCAAAAUUUUCUAGUUAAACAACCAUCCGUUCAACAGAAUAUCAAUCAAAUUUCUGCAUCUCAAACAAAUCCUGCGUCUGUUAUACGACAAAUUAUUGAUAACACACAUCUUGUUUCGCAACAAAACAGUCGCGUGCACGGACUCACGCAAAGUUGUGUCCAACAACAGCAACAGCUACACCCGCAACUACAAUUCCAACAAAGGCAACAACAGCCGCAGCUACAAUUGCAAAAAAAGCAACAAUUAGAGCAGCAGCAGCAACUGUUACAACUGCAGCAACUUCAACAGCAGCAACAAUUAGAGCAGCAAUCACAGUUGCAACAGAAGCAGCAAAAUUUGCAAAAGCAGCAACAUCUACAACAACAACAGCAACACCAACAAUUGAAAGAGCAGCAGCAGCAGCAACAGCUAUUAUUUCAACAGAAGCAGCAAUUAGAUCUGCAGCAGCGACAACUACGGCAGCAACAACAAUUGCAACAGCAACAGCAACAAUUGUUACAAGAAGCCGUCAAAUUUACCUUUGACAAAAUAUUUUUGAGUCUCGUACGAAUACGUCAGUUGCUCGAGCGGAAAAAAAUUACUAUUCAAUUCUCAACGCGACUUCGCCAGGAAGAAUGUCAGCAGGUACAUCGAGAAUUCAAUAUGAAUUUUGAAAUACUCAUCGUAGAACUAACGAAUUUAAGAAACUACUUGAAAAUGACGUCUAUCGAUCAUGUAAUAGCCAAUGUAGUGAACGCAAUGAACGACCGACUUGCGCAUGGGAUGUUACCCUUUACAGUGAAGGAAAUCGAGGACAUCAUUAAUCGAAAUUUCGAGACAACUAACUAUCCUGAUAGUUGCAACAAUAAACCCCCAUCUCAAGAUCAAUCUGUUGUGGCUCAGGAACAGAUAAUGGAUUGCGUAUCCUAUAAUAAAUUCAUUUCGGACAAUCAAAUCAUCCCUUUUGGGCAGCUCUCGGUAUUUACCGAGAUACAAAAGAUUAUUUUUAAUAAUCAGGUUUUGCAGUACAGAAUACUGGCAUUACGAUUACAAAAACAGUUACAGAACUUAAAGAAAGCCGAGGAGGCUGACAAGCUUAAGGAAAUACAACGGGAGCUAAUCACUGUGUAUCAGGAUGGAGAGGACUCGGAAGAGCUCAAGGCAUCAGGGGUGAAAGAUAUCAAUCAGAAUCAGAACACGCAGAUCAGAGAAUAUCCAACGUUGCAAGAGGAUCAAUUGAUGCUGCGCGAACUUCUGCAAGUGCAGAAAACAAAAAUGGGAGCGGACCCGCAAGAAUCGCCGAUUGACAUAGUCGAGACAGGUUCUGUAGAAGAUUCUCCAUUUCUAGACAAGAAAUUCCAUUCCGAGGUAUCAAAGACUAUGGAUACAUUUGAUGAUGAGAUAGAAAUUUUAUCAAUGACCAAAGACAUCGACUCUUGCAAUAUGAAUCGGGGAUCACCGGAUCUAGAAAUUAUUUUUGAUCAGAAACAGCAAAGCAGCGUCGAUGUAAAUGGAAAGAAUAUACAAUCAACUUCCAAAAGAGGUAAAAUCGUUACGGCAGAAACCGAUGUUAUUCAAGAGUAUGAAACAAGUAAGGUAGAUAACUUAAACAUUGAACAUACAAAUGAACCUACCUCGACGAAGGAUGAAGAAUUAAAAGAUAAAAGAAAUGACAAAACUGUAUUGCCUAAUAUAAUUGAUGUUAGAUCAAUAACACCAAUAGCAUAUGAAAGCUUGAGAUCAUCAAUUACGAGUCCAUCCCCUUUGGAUUUUCCAUCUCUGGAGGAGAUGAGGGUGACCAAAGCAACCGAUGCGGAUGAGGAUGAGAAUGAGGGUGCGGAUACAGAUUUAGAUGAUAUGGAAAAUAAAGUAUGCUUACAUUGUGCAAAACUAAGCGCAGUAGUUUGUGGUCGUUGUUACGACGCACAAUAUUGUUCUGUAGAGUGUGCGCAGAAUCAUUGGCGAAAGUGUCAUCACGAAACGUGCAAACCAGUAGAAAAUGAAGGUGCCUAACACACCUAAUACAUAUAUCUGGAUCCAUUUAAACUGAUACCAAAGGAAGUGUACUCUGAAUAUUAUAUAAAUUAAUUAGAUAUAGUUAUCGAUAGUCGAGGUUUAUUUGAUGUUACUUCAGUAUUUGUUUUAUUUUAUAUUUUUAUAACAAUUAUUAAGGCUUCUUCAUAUUAUUAAGAAAACAAUAUAUCUAAGGAAUCUGUUGUACAUCUUGUGUAUAACACAGGAUAAAAUCUUAGAUUGUACUGAUGUUUAAAAGUAUAAAUAGUGAUAAUCAAUUA